GGCGAAGCGGAAUACACUGCCAAGAGCCAAAAAUUAGAACCUUUGACAAUGUCUCAAAAUUCAGAGGCAAUAUCCUCCGAAAAAAAUAUUUCGAAUAAUCUUAAUCAAAUUGAUAAUAAAAGAGAUGAAACUCGACGUGUUCCCUCGCCGUCGUCGCAUUUUAUUGCUGGAGGAAUUGCAGGGAUGCUUGGAGCAAUCGCUACGGCUCCUUUAGAUGUUGUCAAGACAAGGCUUCAGUCAGACUUUUAUAAGGAUCGAAUACUGAAGCAAUUUGGGCCAAAGCAUGGAGCUCGUGCCAUCUACAGGCAAUUUGUGGACACUUGUGUUAUUUUAAAUAAUGUUCGAGUACACGAGGGUGCACGGGCUCUAUUUCGAGGACUUGGACCUAAUUUGGUAGGAACGAUUCCUGCUCGAUCCAUCAACUUUUUUUCUUAUGGAAACGGAAAACGAAUCAUUGCUGAUCAUUUCAAUGACGGUAAAGAAUCAUCUCAAGUCCAUUUAGUUUCUGCUGCUAUAGCAGGUGUGAUCACCUCUGCUGCUACAAAUCCAAUUUGGUUGGUGAAAACUCGAUUACAGUUGGAUAAACGAAGCGGACAAACUGCUCGCUAUAAAUCUUCAAUGGAUUGUGUAAUAAAAACAGUUAAAGUAGAAGGAAUAUCUGGUUUAUACAAAGGAUUAUCCGCCAGCUUACUAGGUGUUGGUGAAAGUACCUUGCAAUGGGUUGUUUACGAAAAAUUCAAGCACACGGUCGCCCUUCGACAGCUUCGGAGACGAGAGCUUGGUUAUAAAGACACAGUAUAUGAUAAAUUUCUGGAUUGGACGGGUAGACUAGGAGGUGCAGGACUUGCUAAAUUUAUUGCUGCUGCCAUUGCUUACCCUCAUGAAGUUGUUCGUACACGGUUGCGUCAAAGUCCUUCAACGAAUGGGGUACCAAAAUAUACUGGAUUGCUACAAUGCUUUCAGCUAGUUUGGAAAGAACAGGGUGUUGCAGGCCUUUAUGGCGGGUUAACAGCUCACCUACUUAGAGUGGUCCCUAAUGCUUGUAUACUUUUUGGAAGCUAUGAGGUUAUUAUGCACCUCAUUGGCUAAAAAAAUUCUGCUAAGUUGAUGUGAUGGUUUAGAUAUGCAUCAAUCUUUACAGAUUUCUUCGAACCAAUUCGUUUCUUCGAUAGUUCGUCCGUGUUUUUGUCUUUUUAUUUUUUUAUGACUUAAAAACAUGACAAUAAAUGGUUUUGCUCUGCAUGUCGUUUGCUUCUGGUAAACGAUAAACAUAACCUCAAAUGCAUUCAAUUUUGGUUGCUUUAAUUGAACGAAAUUAAUUAAUCAGUUUUGAUCCGGCGGGUGUCUGGGUUUUUAAUUCCUUUCUUUCUCUUUUACUUUUGUGUCUUUUAUAAAAAUAAAUUUUGUCAUCUUAAUCCGCAACUUAAUAAUAAAUGCUUCGCCUUUGAAAUAGCAUAUUCAAUAACAUCCGAAAUUCAUCAAUUUGGCAUAAAAAUAUAUGGAAG